AUGCAUAUGUUUGCAUCACAACAACCCCGCCCCAUUCUUCCGCUUUUCAUCACCCCGCCCCAUUCUCCCGCUUUCCAUCACCCCGCCCCAUUCUCCCGCUUUCCAUCACCCCGCCCCAUUCUCCCGCUUUCCAUCACCCCGCCCCAUUCUCCCGCUUUCCAUCACUCCGCCCCAUUCUCCCGCUUUCCAUCACCCCGCCCUAUUCUCAAGCUUUCCAUCACCCCGCCCCAUUCUCCCGCUUUCCAUCACCCCGCCCCAUUCUCCCGCUUUCCAUCACCCCGCCCCAUUCUCCCGCUUUCCAUCACCCCGCACCAUUCUCCCGCUUUCCAUCACCCCGCCCCAUUCUCCCGCUUUCCAUCACCCCGCCCCAUUCUCCCGCUUUCCAUCACCCCGCCCCUUUCUCCCUCUUUCCAUCACCCCUGCCCCAUUCUCCCGUUUUCCAUCACCCCGCCCCAUUCUCCUGCUUUCCAUCACCCCACCCCAUUCUCCCGUUUUCCAUCACCCCGCCCCAUUCUCCCGCUUUCCAUCACCCCGCCCAUUCUCCCUCUUUUCAUCACCCCGCCCCAUUCUCCCUCUUUCCAUCACCCCACCCCAUCCUCCCUCUUUCCAUCGCCCCGCCCCAUUCUUCCGCUUUUCAUCACCCUCCCCAUUCUCCUUCUUUCCAUCACCCCACCCAAUUCUCCCGCUUUCCAUCACCCCGCCCCAUUCUCCCUCUUUCUAUCACCCCGCCCCAUUCUCCCGCUUUCCACCACCCCGCUCCAUUCUCCCGCUUUCCAUCACCCCGCUCAAUUCUCCCGCUUUCCAUCACCCCUCCCCAUUCUCCCUCUUUCCAUCACCCCGCCACAUUCUCCCGCUUUCCAUCAUCCCGCCUCAUUAUCCCUCUUUCCAUCACCCCGCCCCAUUCUCCCGCUUUCCAUCACAUCGCCCCAUUCUCCCUCUAUCCACCACCCCGCCCUAUUCUCCCUCUUUCCAUCACCCCGCCCCAUUCUCCCGCUUUCCAUCACCCCGCCCCAUUCUCCCGCUUUCCAUCACCCCGCCCCAUUCUCCCGCUUUCCAUCACCCCUCCCCAUUCUCCCGCUUUCCAUCACCUCGCCCCAUUCUCCCGCUUUCCAUCACCUCGCCCCAUUCUCCCUCUUUCCAUCACCCCGCCCUAUUCUCCCUCUUUCCAUCACCCCGCCCCAUUCUCCCGCUUUCCAUCACCACGCCCCAUUCUCCCGCUUUCCAUCACCCCACCCCAUUCUCCCGCUUUCCAUCACCCGCUCCAUUCUCCCGCUUUCCAUCACCCCGCCCAAUUCUCCCUCUUUCCAUCACCCCUCCCCAUUCUCCCGCUUUCCAUCACCCCACCCCAUUCUCCCGCUUUCCAUCACCCCGCCCCAUUCUCCCGCUUUCCAUCACCCCGCCCCAUUCUCCCGCUUUCCAUCACCCCGCCCCAUUCUUCCCGCUUUCCAUCACCCGCCCCAUUCUCCGCUCCAUCACCCCGCCCCAUCACCCCGCCCCAUUCUCCUCCUUCCAUCAACCCGCCCCAUUCUCCCGCUUUCCUUCACCCCGCCCCAUUCUCCCUCUUUCCAUCACCCCGCCCCAUUCUUCCGCUUUUCAUCACCCUACCCCAUUCUCCCUCUUUCCAUCACCCCGCCCCAUUCCCCCUCUUUACAUCAGCCCGCCCCAUUCUCCCGCUUUUCUUCUACCCGCCCCAUUCUUCCGCUUUUCAUGACCCCGCCCCAUUCUCCCGCUUUCCAUCACCCCGCCCCAUUCUCCCGCUUUCCAUCACCCCGCCCCUUUCUCCCGCUUUCCAUCACCCCGCCCCAUUCUCCCGCUUUCUAUCACUCCGCCCCAUUCUCCCGCUUUCCAUCACCCCGCCCCAUUCUCAAGCUUUCCAUCACCCCGCCCCAUUCUCCCGCUUUCCAUCACCCCGCCCCAUUCUCCCGCUUUCCAUCACCCCGCCCCAUUCUCCCGCUUUCCAUCAGCCCGCCCCAUUCUCCCGCUUUCCAUCACCCCGCCCCAUUCUCCCGCUUUCCAUCACCCCGCCCCAUUCUCCGCUUUCCAUCACCCCGCCCCUUUCUCCCUCUUUCCAUUACCCCGCCCCAUUCUCCUGAUUUCCAUCACCCCACCCCAUUCUCCCCCAUUCUCCCUCUUUCCAUCACCCCGCCUCAUUCUCCCGCUUUCCAUCACCCCGCCCCAUUCUCCCGCUUUCCAUCACCCCGCCCCAUUGUCCCUCUUUCCAUCACCCCGCCCCAUUCUCCCUCUUUCCAUCACCCUGCCCUAUUCUCCCUCUUUCCAUCACCCCACCCCAUUCUCCCGCUUUCAAUCACCCCGCCCCAUUCUCCCGCUUUCCAUCACCCCGCCACAUUCUCCCGCUUUCCAUCACCCCGCCCCAUUCUCCCGCUUUCCAUCACCCCGCCCCAUUCUCCCUCUUUCCAUCACCCCGCCCUAAUCUCCCUCUUUCCAUCACCCCGACCCAUUCUCCCGCUUUCCAUCACCCCGCCCCAUUCUUCCGCUUUCCAUCACCCCGCCCCAUUCUCCCUCUUUCCAUCUCCCCGCCCCAUUCUCCCUCUCUCCAUCACCCCGCCCCAUUCUCCCGCUUUCCAUCUCCCCGCCCCAUUCUCCCGCUUUCAAUCACCCUGCCCAAUUCUCCCGCUUUCCAUCACCCCGCCCCAUUCUCCCUGUUUCCAUCAGCCCGCCCCAUUCUCCCCUUUUCCAUCACCCCGCCCCAUUCUCCCUCUUUCCAUUACCCCGCCCCAUUCUCCCGCUUUUUCAUCACCCCGCCCCAUUCUCCCUCUUUCCAUAACCCCGCCCUAUUCUCCCUCUUUCCAUCACUGCGCCCCAUUCUCCCUCUUUCCAUCACCCCACCCCAUUCUCCCGUUUUCCAUCACCCCGCCCCAUUCUCCCGCUUUCCUUCACCCCGCCCCAUUCUCCCGCUUUCCAUCACCCCGCCCUAUUCUCUCUCUUUCCUUCACCCUGCCCCAUUCUCCCGCUUUCCAUCACCCAGCCCCAUUCUCCUGCUUUCCAUCACCCAGCCCCAUUCUCCCGCUUUCCAUCACCCCGCCCCAUUCUCCCUCUUUCCAUCACCCCGCCCAAUUCUCCCUCUUUCCAUCAACCCUCCCCAUUCUCCCGCUUUCCAUCACCCCGCCCCAUUCUCCCUCUUUCCAUCACCCCGCCCCAUUCUCCCGCUUUCCAUCACCCCGCCCCAUUCUCCCUCUUUCCAUCACCCCGCCCCAUUCUCCCUCUUUCCAUCACCCCUCCCCCAUCUCCCGCUUUCCAUCACCCCGCCCCAUUCUCCCUCUUUCCAUCACCCCGCCCAAUUCUCCCUCUUUCCAUCACACCUCCCCAUUCUCCCGCUUUCCAUCACCCCGCCCCAUUCUCCCUCUUCCAUCACCCCGCCCCAUUCUCCCGCUUUCCAUCACCCCGCCCCAUUCUCCCUCUUUCCAUCACCCCGCCCAAUUCUCCCUCUUUCCAUCACCCCUCCCCAUUCUCCCUCUUUCCAUCACCCCGCCCCAUUCUCCCGCUUUCCAUCACCCCGCCCAUUCUCUCUCUUUCCAUCACCCCGCCCCAUUCUCCCGCUUUCCAUCACCCCGCCCCAUUCUCCCGCUUUCCAUCACCCCGCCCCAUUGUCCCUCUUUCCAUCACCCUGCCCCAUUCUCCCGCUUUCCACCACCCCGCUCCAUUCUCUUGCUUUCCAUCACCCCGCCCAAUUCUCCCUCUUUCCAUCACCCCACCCCAUUCUCCCUCUUUCCAUCACCCCGCCCCAUUCUCCCGCUUUCCAUCACACCACCCCAUUCUCCCGCUUUCCAUCACCACGCCCCAUUUUCCCUCUUUCCAUCACCCCGCCCCAUUCUCCCGCUUUCCAUCACCCCGCCCCAUUCUCCCGCUUUCUUUCACCCCGCCCCAUUCUCCCGCUUUCCAUCACCCCGCCCUAUUCUCCCUCUUUCCUUCACCCUGCCCCAUUCUCCCGCUUUCCAUCACCCAGCCUCAUUCUCCUGCUUUCCAUCACCCAGCCCCAUUCUCCCGCUUUCCAUCACCCCGCCCCAUUCUCCCUCUUUCCAUCACCCCGCCCAAUUCUCCCUCUUUCCAUCACCCCUCCCCAUUCUCCCUCUUUCCAUCACCCCGCCACAUUCUCCCGCUUUCCAUCAACCCGCCUCAUUAUCCCUCUUUCCAUCACCCCGCCCCAUUCUCCCGCUUUCCAUCACACCGCCCCAUUCUCCCUCUAUCCAUCACCCCGCCCUAUUCUCCCGCUUUCCAUCACCCCGCCCCCAUUCUCCCGCUUUCCAUCACCCCUCCCCAUUCUCCCGCUUUCCAUCACCCCGCCGCAUUCUCCCGCUUUCCAUCACCCCGCCCCAUUCUCCGUCUUUCCAUCACCCCGCCCUAUUCUCCCUCUUUCCAUCACCUCUCUCCAUUCUUCCGCUUUCCAUCACCCCGCCCCAUUCUCCCGCUUUCCAUCACCCCGCCCCAUUCUCCCGCUUUCCAUCACCCCUCUCCAUUCUCCCGCUUUCCAUCACCCGGCCCAGUUCUCCCUCUUUCCAUCACCCCUCCCCAUUCUCCCUCUUCCAUCACCCCGCCCCAUUCUCCCGCUUUCCAUCACCCCGCCCCAUUCUCCCUCUUUCCAUCACCCCGCCCCAUUCUCCCGCUUUCCAUCACCCCGCCCCAUUCUCCCGCUUUCCAUCACCCCGCCCCAUUGUCCCUCUUUCCAUCACCCUGCCCCAUUCUCCCGCUUUCCACCACCCCGCUCCAUUCUCUUGCUUUCCACCACCCCGCCCAAUUCUCCCUCUUUUCAUCACUCCGCCCCAUUCUCCCUCUUUCCAUCACCCCGCCCCAUUCUCCCGCUUUCCAUCACACCACCCCAUUAUCCCGCUUUCCAUCACCACGCCCCAUUUUCCCUCUUUCCAUCACCCCGCCCCAUUCUCCCACUUUCCAUCACCCCGCCCCAUUCUCCCGCUUUCCAUCACCCCGCUCCAUUCUCCCGCAUUCCAUCACCCCGCCCAAUUCUCCCUCUUUCCAUCACCCCUCCCCAUUCUCCCUCUUUCCAUCACCCCGCCCCAUUCUCCCGCUUUCCAUCACCCCGCCCCAUUCUCCCUCUUUCCAUCACCCCGCCCCAUUCUCCCGCUUUCCAUCACCCCGCCCCAUUCUCCCUUUUCCAUCACCCCGCCCCAUUCUCCCGCUUUCCAUCACCCUGCCCCAUUCUCUCUCUUUCCAUCAACACACCCCAUUCUUCCUCUUUCCAUCACCCCGCCCAUUCUCCCCCAAUCCAUCACCUCGCCCAUUUUCACUCAUUCCAUCACCCCGUCCCAUUCUCCCCGCUUUCCAUCACCCCGCCCCAUUCUCCCGCUUUCCAUCACCCCACUCCAUUCUCCCGCUUUCCAUCACCCUGCCCAAUUCUCCCUCUUUCCAUCACCCCUCCCCAUUCUCCCUCUUUCCAUCACCAAGCCCCAUUCUCCCGCUUUCCAUCACCCCGCCCCAUUCUCCCUCUUUCCAUCACCCCGCCCCUUCUUCCUCUUUCCAUCACCCCGCCCCAUUCUCCCUCUAUCCACCACCCCGACCCAUUCUCCCUGUUUUCAUCACCCCGCCCCAUUCUCCCGUUUUCCAUCACCCCGCCCCAUUCUCCCUCUUUCCAUCACCCCGCCCCAUUCUCCCUCUUUCCAUCACCCCGCCCCAUUCUCCCGCUUUCCAUCACCCCGCCCUGUUCUCCCUCUUUCCAUCACCCCGCCCCAUUCUCCCUCUUUCCAUCACCCCGCCCCAUUCUCCCGCUUUCCAUCACCCCGCCCCACUCUCCAUCUUUCCAUCACUCCGCCCCAUUCUCCCGCCUUCCAUCACCCCGCCCCAUUCUCCAUCCUUCCAUCACCCCGCCCCAUUCUCCCUCUUUCCAUCACCCCGCCCGAUUCUCCAGCCUUCCAUCACCCAGCCCCAUUCUCCCUCUUUACAUCACCCCGCCCCAUUCUCCCGCUUUCCAUCACCCCGCCCAUUCUCCCUCUUUCCAUCACCCCGCCCCAUUCUCCCUCUAUCCAUCACCCCGCCCCAUUCUCCCGCUUUCCAUCACCCCGUCCCAUUCUCCCGCUUUCCAUCACCCCGCCCCAUUCGCUUUCUUUCCAUCACCUCGCCCCAUUCUCCCGCUUUCCAUCACCCCGCCCCAUUCUCCCGCUUUCCAUCACCCCGCCCCAUUCUCCCGCUUUCCAUCACCUGCCCAUUCUCCGCUUUCCAUCACCCCGCCCCAUUCUCCCGCUUUCCAUCUCCCCACCCCAUUCUCCCUCCUUCCAUCACCCCGCCUCAUUCUCCCUGCUUCCAUCACCCCGCCCCGUUCUCCCGCUUUCCAUCACCCCGCCCCAUUCUCCCGCUUUCCAUCACCCUGCCCCAUUCUCCCUCUUUCCAUCACCCCGCCCUAUCCUCUCUCUUUCCAUCACCCCGCACCAUUUUCCCGCUUUCCAUCACCCCGCACCAUUCUCCCUCUUUCCAUCACCGCACCCCAUUCUACUGCUUUCCAUGACCCCGCCCCAUUCUCCCGCUUUCCAUCACCCCGCCCUGUUCUCCCUCUUUCCAUCACCCCGCCCCAUUCUCCCUCUUUCCAUCACCCCGCCCCAUUCUCCCGCUUUCCAUCACCCAGCCCCACUCUCCAUCUUUCCAUCACUCCGCCCCAUUCUCCCGCCUUCCAUCACCCCGCCCCAUUCUCCAUCCUUCCAUCACCCCGCCCCAUUCUCCCUCUUUCCAUCACCCCGCCCAAUUCUCCAGCCUUCCAUCACCCAGCCCCAUUCUCCCUCUUUACAUCACCCCGCCCCAUUCUCCCGCUUUCCAUCACCCUGCCCCAUUCUCCCUCUUUCCAUCACCCCGCCCCAUUCUCCCUCUAUCGAUCACCCCGCCCCAUUCUCCCGCUUUCCUUCACCCCGUCCCAUUUUCCCGCUUUCCAUCACCCCGCCCCAUUCUCUUUCUUUCCAUCACCUUGCCCCAUUCUCCCGCUUUCCAUCACCCCGCCCCAUUCUCCCGCUUUCCAUCACCCCGCUCCAUUCUCCCGCAUUCCAUCAUCCCGCCCAAUUCUUCCUCUUUCCAUCACCCUCCCCAUUCUCCCUCUUUCCAUCACCCCGCCCCAUUCUCCCGCUUUCCAUCACCCCGCCCCAUUUUCCCUCUUUCCAUCACCCCGCCCCAUUCUCCCGCUUUCCAUCACCCCGCCCCAUUCUCCCUUUUCCAUCACCCCGCCCCAUUCUCCCGCUUUCCAUCACCCCACCCCAUUCUCCCUCUUCACAUCACCCCGCCCCAUUCUUCCUCUUUCCAUCACCCCGCCCCAUUCUCCCCCAAUCCAUCACCUCGCCCCAUUUUCACUCAUUCCAUCACCCCGUCCCAUUCUCUCGCUUUCCAUCACCCCGCCCCAUUCUCCCGCUUUCCAUCACCCCACUCCAUUCUCCUGCUUUCCAUCACCCUGCCCAAUUCUCCCUCUUUCCAUCACCCCUCCCCAUUCUCCCUCUUUCCAUCACCAAGCCCCAUUCUCCCGCUUUCUAUCACCCCGCCCCAUUCUCCCUCUUUCCAUCACCCCGCCCCUUUCUUCCUCUUUCCAUCACCCCGCCCCAUUCUCCCUCUUUCCACCACCCUGCCCCAUUCUCCCUGUUUUCAUCACCCCGCCCCAUUCUCCUGUUUUCCAUCACCCCGCCCCAUUCUCCCGCUUUCCAUCACCCCGCCCCGUUCUCCCUCUUUCCAUCACCCCGCCCCAUUCUCCCGCUUUCCAUCACCCCGCCCUGUUCUCCCUCUUUCCAUCACCCCGCCCCAUUCUCCCUCUUUCCAUCACCCCGGCCCAUUCUCUCGCUUUCCAUCACCCCGCCCCAUUCUCCCGCUUUCCAUCACCUCGCCCCAUUCUCCCGCUUUCCAUCACCCCGCCCCAUUCUCCCGCUUUCCAUCACCCAGCCCCAUUCUCCUGCUUUCCAUCACCCCGCCCCAUUCUCCCGCUUUCCAUCACCCCGCCCCAUUCUCCCGCUUUUCCAUCACCCCGCCCCAUUCUCCCUCCUUCCAUCACCCCGCCACAUUCUCCCGCUUUCCAUCACCCCGCCCCAUUCUCCCGCUUCCCAUAACCCCACCCCAUUCUCCUGCUUUCCAUCACCCCACCACAUUUUCCUGCUUUCUAUCACCCCGCCCUAUUCUCCCUCCUUCCAUCACCCCGCCCCAUUCUCCCGCUUUCCAUCACCCCGCCCCAUUCUCCCGGUUUCCGUCACCCCGCCUCAUUCUCCCGCUUUCCAUCACCCCGCCCCAUUCUCCCGCUUUCCAUCACCCCGCCCCAUUCUCCCGCAUUCCAUCAUCCCGCCCCAUUCUCCCUCCUUCCAUCACCCCGCCCCAUUCUUGCGCUUUCCAUCACCCGCCCCAUUCUCCCGCUUUCCAUCACCUCGCCCCAUUCUCCCGCUUUCCAUCACCCCGCCCCAUUCUUUUGCUUUCCAUCACCCCGCCCCAUUCUCCCGCUUUCCAUCACCCCGCCCCAUUCUCCCGCUUUCCAUCACCCCGCCCCAUUCUCCCUCCUUCCAUCACCCCGCCCCAUUCUCCCGCUUUCCAUCACCCCGCUCCAUUCUCCCGCUUUCCAUCACCCCGCCCCAUUCUCCCGCUUUCCAUCACCCCGCCCCAUUCUCCCGCUUUCCAUCACUCCGCCCCAUUCUCCCGCUUUCCAUCACCCUGUCCCAUUCUCCCACUUUCCAUCACCCCGCCCCAUUCUCCCUCCUUCCAUCACCCUGCCUCAUUCUCCCUCCUUCCAUCACCCCGCCCCAUUCUCCCGCUUUCCAUCACCCCGCCCCAUUCUCCCGCUUUCCAUCACCCAGCCCCAUUCUCCCGCUUUCCAUCACCCCGCCCCAUUCUCCCGCUUUCCAUCACCCUGCCCCAAUCUCCCGCUUUCCAUCACCGCGCCCCAUUCUCCCUCCUUCCAUCACCCCGCCCCAUUCUUCCGCUUUCCAUCACCCCGCCCCAUUCUCCUGCUUUCCAUCUCCCAGCCCCAUUCUCCCGCUUUCCAUCACCCCGCCCCAUUCUCCCGCUUUCCAUCACCCCACCCCAUUCUCCUCCUUCCAUCACCCCGCCCCAUUCUCCCUCCUUCCAUCACCCCGCCCCAUUCUCCGGCUUUCCAUCACCCCGCCCCAUUCUCCCUCCUUCCAUCACCCCGCCCCAUUCUCCCUCCUUCCAUCACCCCACCCCAUUCUCCCGCUUUCCAUCACCGCGCCCCAUUCUCCCGCUUCCCAUAACCCCACCCCAUUCUCCCGCUUUCCAUCACCCCGCCCCAUUCUCCCGCUUUCUAUCACCCCGCCCCAUUCUCCCUCCUUCCAUCACCCCGCCCUAUUCUCCCGCUUUCCAUCACCCCGCCCCAUUCUCCCGAUUUCCAUCACCCCGCCCCAUUCUCCCGCUUUCCAUCACCCCGCCCCAUUCUCCCGCUUUCCAUCACCCCGCCCCAUUCUCCCUCCUUCCAUCACCCCGCCCCAUUCUCCCUCCUUCCAUCACCCCGCCCCAUUCUCCCGCUUUCCAUCACCCCGCCCCAUUCUCCCUCCUUCCAUCACCCCGCCCCAUUCUCCCUCCUUCCAUCACCCCGCCCCAUUCUCCCGCUUUCCAUCAUCCCGCCCCAUUUUCCCGCUUCCAAUAACCCCACCCCAUACUCCCGCUUUCCAUCACCCCGCCAAAUUCUCCCGCUUUCUAUCACCCCGCCCCAUUCUCCCUCCUUCCAUCACCCCGCCCCAUUCUCCCGCUUUCCAUCACCCCGCCCCAUUCUCCCGAUUUCCAUCACCCCGCCCUAUUCUCCCGCUUUCCAUCACCCGAGCCCCAUUCUCCCGCUUUCCAUCACCCCGCCCCAUUCUCCCGCUUUCCAUCAUCCCGCCCCAUUCUCCCUCCUUCCAUCACCCCGCCCUAUUCUUCCGCUUCCCAUCAUCCCGCCCCAUUCCCCCGCUUUCCAUCACCCCUCCCCAUUCUCCCUCCUUCCAUCACCCCGCCCCAUUCUCCCACCUUCCAUCACCCCGCCCUAUUCUCCCGCUUUCCAUCACCCCGCCCCAUUCUCCCGAUUUCCAUCACCCCGCCCCAUUCUCCCGCCCCAUUCUCCCACUUUCCAUCACCCUGCCCCAUUCUCCCUCCUUCCAUCACGCCGCCCCAUUCUCCCUCCUUCCAUCACCCCGCCCCAUUCUCUCGCUUUCCAUCACCCCGCCCCAUUCUCCCGAUUUCCAUCACCCUGCCCCAUUCUCCCGCUUUCCAUCACCCCGCCCCAUUCUUCCGCUUCCCAUCAUCCCGCCCCAUUCCCCCGCUUUCCAUCACCCCUCCCCAUUCUCCCUCCUUCCAUCACCCCGCCCCAUUCUCUCGCUUUCCAUCACCCCGCCCCAUUCUCCCGCUUUCCAUCACCCCGCCCCAUUCUCCCGCUUUCCAUCACUCCGCCCCAUUAUCCCUCCUUCCAUCACCCCGCCCCAUUCUCCCUCCUUCCAUCACCCCGCCCCAUUCUCCCGCUUUCCAUCACCCCGCCUCAUUCUCCCGCUUCCCAUAACCCCACCCCAUUCUCCCGCUUUCCAUCACCCCGCCACAUUCUCCCACUUUCCAUCACCCCGCCCCCUUCUCUCUCCUUCCAUCACCCCGCCCCAUUCUCCCUCCUUCCAUCACCCCGCCCCAUUCUUUUGCUUCCCAUCAUCCCGCCCCAUUCUCCCGCUUUCCAUCACCCCGCCCCAUUCUCCCGCUUUCCAUCACCCCUCCCCUUUCUCCCGCUUUCCAUCUCCCCGCCCCAUUCUCCCGCUUUCCAUCACCCCGCCCCAUUCUCCCGCUUUCCAUCACCCCGCCCCAUUCUUCCGCUUCCCAUCAUCUCGCCCCAUUCCCCCGCUUUCCAUCACCCCUCCCCAUUCUCCCUCCUUCCAUCACCCGGCCCCAUUCUCUCGCUUUCCAUCACCCCGCCCCAUUCUCCCGCUUUCCAUCACGCCGCCCCAUUCUCCCGCUUUCCAUCACCCCGCCCCAUUCUCCCUCCUUCCAUCACCCCGCCCCAUUCUCCCGCUUUCCAUCACCCCGCCCCAUUCUCCCGCUUUCCAUCACCCCGCCCCAUUCUUUUGCUUUCCAUCACCCCGCCCCAUUCUCCCGCUUUCCAUCACCCUGCCCCAUUCACCCGCUUUCCAUCACCCGCCCCAUUCUCCCGCUUUCCAUCACCCCGCCCCAUUCUCCCGCUUUCAAUCACCUCGCUCCAUUCUCCCGCCUUCCAUCACCCCGCCCCAUUCUCCCGCUUUCCAUCACCCCGCCCCAUUCUCCCGCUUUCCAUCACUCCGCCCCAUUCUCCCGCUUUCCAUCACCCCGACCCAUUCUCCCACUUUCCAUCACCCCGCCCCAUUCUCCCUCCUUCCAUCACCCCGCCUCAUUCUCCCUCCUUCCAUCACCCCGCCCCAUUCUCCCGCUUUCCAUCACCCAGCCCCAUUCUCCCGCUUUCCAUCACCCCGCCCCAUUUUCCCGCUUUCCAUCACCCGCCCCAUUUUCCCGCUUUCCAUCACUCGCCCCAAUCUCCCGCUUUUCAUCACCCCGCCCCAUUCUCCCUCCUUCCAUCACCCCGCCCCAUUCUCCCGCUUUCCAUCACCCCGCCCCAUUCUCCCGCUUUCCAUCACCCCGCCCCAUUCUCCCGCUUUCCAUCACUCCGCCCCAUUCUCCCGCUUUCCAUCACCCCGACCCAUUCUCCCACUUUCCAUCACCCCGCCCCAUUCUCCCUCCUUCCAUCACCCCGCCUCAUUCUCCCUCCUUCCAUCACCCCGCCCCAUUCUCCCGCUUUCCAUCACCCAGCCCCAUUCUCCCGCUUUCCAUCACCCCGCCCCAUUUUCCCGCUUUCCAUCACCCGCCCCAUUUUCCCGCUUUCCAUCACUCGCCCCAAUCUCCCGCUUUUCAUCACCCCGCCCCAUUCUCCCUCCUUCCAUCACCCCGCCCCAUUCUCCCGCUUUCCAUCACCCCGCCCCAUUCUCCCGCUUUCCAUCACUCAGCCCCAUUCUCCCGCUUUCCAUCACCCCGCCCCAUUCUCCCGCUUUCCAUCACCCCGCCCCAUUCUCCCGCUUUCCAUCACCCCACCCCAUUCUCCCUCCUUCCAUCACCCCGCCCCAUUCUCCCUCCUUCCAUCACCCUGCCCCAUUCUCCCGCUUUCCAUCACCCCGCCCCAUUCUCCCUCCUUCCAUCACCCCGCCCCAUUCUCCCUCCUUCCAUCACCCCGCCCCAUUCUCCCGCUUUCCAUCACCCCACCCCAUUCUCCCUCCUUCCAUCACCCCGCCCCAUUCUCCCUCUUUCCAUCACCCCGCCCCAUUCUCACGCUUUCCAUCACCCCGCCCCAUUCUCCCUCUUUCCAUCACCCCGCCCCAUUCUCCCGCUUUCCAUCACCCCGCCCAAUUCUCCCGCUUUCUAUCACCCCGCCCCAUUCUCCCUCCUUCCAUCACCCCGCCCCAUUCUCCCGCUUUCCAUCACCCCGCCCCAUUCUCCCGAUUUCCAUCACCCCGCCCCAUUCUCCCGCUUUCCAUCACCCCGCCCCAUUCUCCCGCUUUCCAUCACCCCGCCCCAUUCUCCCGCUUUCCAUCAUCCCACCCCAUUCUCCCUCCUUCCAUCACCCCACCCUAUUCUUCCGCUUCCCAUCAUCCCGCCCCAUUCCCCCGCUUUCCAUCACCCCUCCCCAUUCUCCCUCCUUCCAUCACCCCGCCCCAUUCUCUCGCUUUCCAUCACCCCGCCCCCAUUCUCCCGCUUUCCAUCACCCCGCCCCAUUCUCCCGCUUUCCAUCACUCCGCCCCAUUAUCCCUCCUUCCAUCACCCCGCCCCAUCCUCCCUCCUUCCAUCACCCCGCCCCAUUCUCCCUCCUUCCAUCACCCCGCCCCAUUCUCCUGCUUUCCAUCACCCCGCCUAAUUCUCCCACUUCCCAUAACCCCACCCCGUUCUCCCGCUUUCCAUCACCCCGCCACAUUCUCCCACUUUCCAUCAGCCCGCCCCCUUCUCUCUCCUUCCAUCACCCCGCCCCAUUCUCCCGCUUUCCAUCAGCCCGCCCCAUUCUCCCGCUUUCCAUCACCCCUCCCCUUUCUCCCGCUUUCCAUCUCCCCGCCCCAUUCUCCCGCUUUCAAUCACCCCGCCCCAUUCUCUCGCUUUCCAUCACCCCGCCCCACUCUUCCGCUUCCCAACAUCCCGCCCCAUUCACCCGCUUUCCAUCACCCCUCCCCAUUCUCCCUCCUUCCAUCACCCCGCCCCAUUCUCUCGCUUUCCAUCACCCCGCCCCAUUCUCCCACUUUCCAUCACCCCGACCCAUUCUCCCGCUUUCCAUCACCCCACCCCAUUCUCCCUCCUUCCAUCACCCCGCCCCAUUCUCCCUCUUUCCAUCACCCCGCCCCAUUCUCCCUCUUUCCAUCACCCCGCCCCAUUCUCACGCUUUCCCUCACCCCGCUCUAUUCUCCCGCUUUCCAUCACCCCGCCACAUUCUCCCACUUUCCAUCAGCCCGCCCCCUUCUCUCUCCUUCCAUCACCCCGCCCCAUUCUCCCUCCUUCCAUCACCCUGCCCCAUUCUCCCGCUUUCCAUCAGCCCGCCCCAUUCUCCCGCUUUCCAUCACCCCUCCCCUUUCUCCCGCUUUCCAUCUCCUCGCCCCAUUCUCCCGCUUUCAAUCACCCCGCCCCAUUCUCUCGCUUUCCAUCACCCCGCCCCACUCUUCCGCUUCCCAACAUCCCGCCCCAUUCACCCGCUUUCCAUCACCCCUCCCCAUUCUCCCUCCUUCCAUCACCCCGCCCCAUUCUCUCGCUUUCCAUCACCCCGCCCCAUUCUCCCGCUUUCCAUCACCCCGACCCAUUCUCCCGCUUUCCAUCACCCCACCCCAUUCUCCCUCCUUCCAUCACCCCGCCCCAUUCUCCCUCUUUCCAUCACCCCGCCCCAUUCUCCCUCUUUCCAUCACCCCGCCCCAUUCUCACGCUUUCCCUCACCCCGCCCUAUUCUCCCUCUUUCCAUCACCCCGCCCCAUUCUCCCGCUUUCCAUCACCCCACCCAAUUCUCCCACUUUCCAUCACCCCGUCCCAUUCUCCCGUUUUCCAUCACCCCGCCCCAUUCUCUCGCUUUCCAUCACCCCGCCUUAUUCUCCCGCUUUCCAUCACCCCGCCCCAUUCUCACGAUUUCCAUCACCCCGCCCCAUUCUCCCGCUUUCCAUCACCUCGCCCCAUUCUCCCGCUUUCCAUCACCCCGCCCCAUUCUCCCGCUUUCCAACACCCCGCCUCAUUCUCCCGCUUUCCAUCACCCCGCCCCAUUCUCACUCUUUCCAUCACCCCGCCCCAUUCUCCCUCUUUCCAUCACCCCGCCCCAUUCUCCCGCUUUCCAUCACCCCGCCCCAUUCUCCCUCUUUCCAUAACCCCGCCCCAUUCUCCCGCUUUCCAUCACCCCGCCCCAUUCUCCCUCUUUCCAUCACCCCGCCCCAUUCUCCCUCUUUCCAUCACCCCGCCCCAUUCUCCCGAUUUCCGUCACCCCGCCCCAUUCUCCCUCUUUCCAUCACCCCGCCCCAUUCUUCCUCUUUCCAUCUCCCCGCCCCUUUCUCCCUCUUUCCAUCACCCCGCCCCAUUCUCCCUCUUUCCAUCACCCCGCCCCAUUCUCCCUCUUUCCAUCACCCCGCCCCAUUCUUCCGAUUUCCGUCACCCUGCCCCAUUCUCCCUCUUUCCAUCAUCCCGCCCCAUUCUCCCGAUUUCCUUCAUCCUGCCCCUUCUCCCUCUUUCCAUCACCCCGCCCCAUUCUCCCUCUUUCCAUCACCCCGACCCAUUCUCCCGCUUUCCAUCACCCGCCCCCUUCUCCCGCUUUCCAUCACCCCGCCCCAUUCUUCCUCUUUCCAUCUCCCCGCACCAUUCUCCCUCUUUCCAUCACCCCGCCCCAUUCUCCCUCUUUCCAUCACCCCGCCCCAUUCUCCCUCUUUCCAUCACCCUGCCCCAUUCUCCCGAUUUCCGUCACCCCGCCCCAUUCUUCCUCUUUCCAUCACCCCGCCCCAUUCUCCCUCUUUCCUUCACCCCGCCCCAUUCUCCCUCUUUCCAUCACCCCGCCCCAUUCUCCCGCCUUCCUUCACCCCGCCCCAUUCUCCCUCUUUCCAUCACCCCGCCCCAUUCUCACGCUUUCCAUCACCCCGCCCCAUUCUCCCUCUUUCCAUCACCCCGCCCCAUUCUCCCGCUUUCCAUCACCCCGCCCAAUUCUCCCACUUUCCAUCACCCCGUCCCAUUCUCCCGGUUUCCAUCACCCCGCCCCAUUCUCUCGCUUUCCAUCACCCCGCCCCAUUCUCCCGCUUUCCAUCACCUCGCCCCAUUCUGCCGCUUUCCAUCACCCCGCCCCAUUCUCCCUCUUUCCAUCACCCCGCCCCAUACUCCCGCUUUCCAUCACCCCGCUCCAUUCUCCCGCUUUCCAUCACCCCGCCCAAUUCUCCCUAUGUCCAUCACCCCUCAACAUUCUCCCUCUUUCCAUCACCCCGCCCCAUUCUCCCGCUUUCCAUCACCCUGCCCCAUUCUCCCUCUUUCCAUCAUCCCGCCCCAUCCUCCCUCUUUCCAUCACCCCGCACCAUUCUCCCGCUUUCCAUCACCCCGCACCAUUCUCCCUCUUUCCAUCACCCCGCCCCAUUCUACUGCUUUCCAUCACCCCGUCCCAUUCUUCCGCUUUCCAUCACCCAGCUCCAUUCUCCCGCUUUCCAUCACCCCCCCCAAUUUUCCCUCUUUCCAUCACCCCGCCCCAUUCUCCCUCUUUCCAUCGCCCCGCCCCACUCUCCCCCAAUCCAUCACCCCGCCCCAUUUUCACUCUUUCCAUCACCCCAUCCCGUUCUCCCGCUUUCCAUCACCCCGCCCCAUUCUCCCGCUUUCCAUCACCCCGCUCCAUUCUCCCGCUUUCCAACACCCCGCCCAAUUCUCCCUCUUUCCAUCACCCCUCCCCAUUCUCCCUCUUUCCAUCAGCCCGCCCCGUUCUCCCGCUUUCCAUCACCCCGCCCCAUUCUCCCACUUUCCAUCACCCCGUCCCAUUCUCCCGUUUUCCAUCACCCCGCCCCAUUCUCUCGCUUUCCAUCACCCCGCCUUAUUCUCCCGCUUUCCAUCACCCCGCCCCAUUCUCCCGAUUUCCAUCACCCCGCCCCAUUCUCCCGCUCUCCAUCACCUCGCCCCAUUCUCCCGCUUUCCAUCACCCCGCCCCAUUCUCCCGCUUUCCAACACCCCGCCUCAUUCUCCCGCUUUCCAUCACCCCGCCCCAUUCUCACUCUUUCCAUCACCCUGCCCCAUUCUCCCUCUUUCCAUCACCCCGCCCCAUUCUCCCGCUUUCCAUCACCCCGCCCCAUUCUCCCUCUUUCCAUAACCCCGCCCCAUUCUCCCGCUUUCCAUCACCCCGCCCCAUUCUCCCUCUUUCCAUCACCCGGCCCCAUUCUCCCUCUUUCCAUCACCCCGCCCCAUUCUCCCGAUUUCCGGCACCCCGCCCCAUUCUCCCUCUUUCCAUCACCCCGCCCCAUUCUUCCUCUUUCCAUCUCCCUGCCCCAUUCUCCCUCUUUCCAUCACCCCGCCCCAUUCUCCCUCUUUCCACCACCCCGCCCCAUUCUCCCUCUUUCCAUCACCCCGCCCCAUUCUCCCGAUUUCCGUCACCCCGCCCCAUUCUCCCUCUUUCCAACACCCCGCCCCAUUCUCCCGAUUUCCGUCAUCCUGCCCCAUUCUCCCUCUUUCCAUCACCCGUCCCGACCCAUUCUCCCGCUUUCCAUCACCCCGCCCCAUUCUCCCGCUUUCCAUCACCCCGCCCCAUUCUUCCUCUUUCCAUCUCCCCGCACCAUUCUCCCUCUUUCCAUCACCCCGCCCCAUUCUCCCUCUUUCCAUCACCCCGCCCCAUUCUCCCGAUUUCCGUCACCCCACCCCAUUCUCCCUCUUUCCAUCACCCCGCCCCAUUCUCCCUCUUUCCGUCACCCCGACCCAUUCUCCCGCUUUCCAUCACCCCGCCCCAUUCUCCCUCUUUCCAUCACCCCGCCCCAUUCUCCCGCCUUCCAUCACCCCGCCCCAUUCUCCCUCUUUCCAUCACCCCGCCCCAUUCUCACGCUUUCCAUCACCCCGUCCCAUUCUCCCUCUUUCCAUCACCCUGCCCCAUUCUCCCGCUUUCCAUCACCCUGCCCAAUUCUCCCACUUUCCAUCACCCCGUCCCAUUCUCCCGGUUUCCAUCACCCCGCCCCAUUCUCUCGCUUUCCAUCACCUCGCCUUAUUCUCCCGCUUUCCAUCACCCCGCCCCAUUCUCCCGGUUUCCAUCACCCCGCCCCAUUCUCCUGCUUUCCAUCACCCCGCCCUAUUCUCCCUCCUUCCAUCACCCCUCCCCAUUCUCCCUCUUUCCAUUACCCCGCCCCAUUCUCCCUCUUUCCGUCACCCCGCCCCAUUCUCCCUCUUUCUAUCACCCCGCCCCAUUCUCCCUCUUUCCAUCACCCCGCCACAUUCUCCCUCUUUCCAUCACCCUGCCCUAUUCUCCCUGUUUCCAUCACCCUGCCCCAUUCACCCUGUUUCCAUCACCCCGCCCCAUUCUCCCGCUUUCCAUCUCCCCGCCCCAUUCUUCCUCUUUCCAUCUCCCCGCACCAUUCUCCCUCUUUCCAUCACCCCGCCCCAUUCUCCCUCUUUCCAUCACCCCGCCCCAUUCUCCCUCUUUCCAUCACCCCGCCCCAUUCUCGCGAUUUCCGUCACCCCGCCCCAUUCUCCCUCUUUCCAUCACCCCGCCCCAUUCUCCCUCUUUCCAUCACCCUGAACCAUUCUCCCGCUUUCCAUGACCCCGCCCCAUUCUCCCUCUUUCCAUCACCCCGCCCCAUUCUCCCGCCUUCCAUCACCCCGCCCCAUUCUCCCUCUAUCCAUCACGCCGCCCCAUUCUCACGCUUUCCAUCACCCCGCCCCAUUCUCCCUCUUUCCAUCACCCCGCCCCAUUCUCCCGCUUUCCAUCACCCCGCCCAAUUCUCCCACUUUCCAUCACCCCAUCCCAUUCUCCCGCCCCAUUCUCCCGCUUUCCAUCAUCGCACCCCAUUCUCCCUCUUUCCAUCACCCCACCCCAUUCUCUCGCUUUCCAUCACCCCGCCCCAUUCUCCCGCUUUCCUUCACCCCGCCCCAUUCUCUCGCUUUCCAUCACCCCGCUCCAUUCUCCCGCUUUCCAUCACCCCGCCCAAUUAUCCCUCUUUCCAUCACCCCUACCCAUUCUCCCUCUUUCCAUCACCCCGCCCCAUUCUCCCGCUUUCCAUCACCCCGCCCCAUUCUCCCUCUUUCCAUCACCUCGCCCCAUCCUCCCUCUUUCCAUCACCCCGCACCAUUCUCCCGCUUUCCAUCACCCCGCCCCAUUCUACUGCUUUCCAUCACCCUGUCCCAUUCUCCCGCUUUCCAUCACCCCGCUCCAUUCUCCCGCUUUCCAUCACCCCGCCCAAUUUUCCCUCUUUCCAUCACCCCGCCCCAUUCUCCCUCUUUCCAUCACCCCGCCCCAUUCUCCCCCAAUCCAUCACCCCGCCCCAUUUUCACUCUUUCCAUCACCCCGCCCCAUUCUCCCGCUUUCCAUCACCCCGCUCCAUUCUCCCGCUUGCCAUCACCUUAUCCCAUUCUCCCGCUUUCUAUCACCCCGCCCCAUUCUCCCGCUUUACAUCACCUGCUCCAUUCUCCCGCUUUCCAACACCCCGCCCAAUUCUCCCUCUUUUCAUCACCCCUCCCCAUUCUCCCUCUUUCCAUCACCCAGCCCCAUUGUCCCGCUUUCCAUCACCGCGCCCCAUUCUCCUUCUUUCAAUCACCGCGCCCCAUUCUCCCUCUUUCCAUCACCCCGCCCCAUUCUCCCGCUUUCCAUCACCCCGCCCCAUUCUCCCGCUUUCCAUCACCCCGCUCCAUUCUCCCGCUUUCCAUCACCGCGCCCAAUUCUCCCAAUUUCCAUCACCCCUCCCCAUUCUCCCUCUUUCCAUCACCCCGCCCCAUUCUCCCGCUUUCCAUCACCCCGCCCCAUUCUCCCUCUUUUUAUCACCUCGCCCCAUCCUCCCUCUUUCUAUCACCCCGCACCAUUCUCCCGCUUUCCAUUACCCCGCACCAUUCUCCCUCUUUCCAUCACCCCGCCCCAUUCUACUGCUUUCCAUCACCCCGUCCCAUUCUCCCGCUUUCCAUCACCCCGCUCCAUUCUCCCGCUUUCCAUCACCCCGCCCAAUUUUCCCUCUUUCCAUCACCCCGACCCAAUCUCCCUCUUUCUAUCACCCCGCCCCAUUCUCCCCCAAUCCAUCACCCCGCCCCAUUUUCACUCUUUCCAUCGCCCCGUCCCAUUCUCCCGCUUUCCAUCACCCCGCCCCAUUCUCCCGCUUUCCAUUACCCCGCUUCAUUCUCCCGCUUUCCAUCACCCCGCCCAAUUCUCCCUCUUUCCAUCACCCCUCCCCAUUCUCCCUCUUUCCAUCACCCCGCCCCAUUCUCCCCCAAUCCAUCACCCCGCCCCAUUUUCACUCUUUCCAUCGCCCCGUCCCAUUCUUCCGCUUUCCAUCACCCCGCCCCAUUCUCCCGCUUUCCAUCACCCUGCUCCAUUCUCCCGCUUUCCAUCACCCCGCCCCAUUUUUUCUCCACACAUUCUCCCGCUUUCCAUCACCCUGCCCAAUUCUCCCUGUUUCCAUCACCCCUCUCCAUUCUCCCUCUUUCCAUCACCCCGCCCCAUUCUCCCGCUUUCCAUCACCUUGCCCAAUUCUCCCUUUUUCCAUCACCCCGCCCCAUUCUCCCUCUUUCCAUCACCCCACCCCAUUCUCCCGCUUUCCAUCACCCCGGCCAAUUCUCCCGCUUUCCAUCACCCCACCCCAUUCUCCCUCUUACCAUCACCCCGCCCCAUUCUCCCGCUUUCCAUCACCCCGCCCCAUUCUCCCGCUUUCAAUCACCCCGCUCCAUUCUCCCGCUUUCCAUCACCCCGCCUCAUUCUCCCGCUUUCCAUCACCCCGCCCCAUUCUCCCGCUUUCCAUCACCCCACCCCAUUCUCCCGCUUUCCAUCACCCCGCCCCACUCUCCCGCUUUCCAUCACCCUGCCCCCUUCUCCCGCUUUCCAUCACCCCGUCCCAUUCUCCCGCUUUCCAUCACCCCGCUCCAUUCUUACGCUUUCCAUCACCCCGCCCCAUUCUCCCGCUUUCCAUCACCCCGCCCCAUUCUCCCGCUUUCUAUCACCCCGCCCCAUUCUCCCUCCAUCCAUCACCCCGCCCAAUUCUCCCUCCUUCCAUCACCCCGCCCCAUUCUCCCUCCUUACAUCACCCCUUCCCAUUCUCCUGCUUUCCAUCACCCAGCCCCAUUCUCCCGCUUUCCACCACCUCGCCCCAUUCUCCCGCCUUCCAUCACCCCGCCCCAUUAUCCCUCCUUCCAUCACCCCGGCCCAUUCUCCCGCUUUCCAUCACUCCACCCCAUUCUCCCGCUUUCCAUCACCCCACCCCAUUCUCCCGCUUUCCAUCACCCCGCCCCAUUCUCCCGCUCUCCAUCACCCCACCCCAUUCUCCCGCUUUCCAUCACCCCGCCCCAUUCUCCUGCUUUCCAUCACCCCGCCCCAAUCUCCCUCUUUCCAACACCCCACCCCAUUCUCCCUCCUUCCAUCACCCCGCCCCAUUCUCCUGCCUUCCAUCACCCCGCCCCAUUCUCCCGCUUUCCAUCACCCCGCCCCAUUUUCCCGUUUUCCAUCACCCCGCCACAUUCUCCUGCUUUCCAUCACCCCGCCCCAUUCUCCCACUUUCCACCUCCCCGCCCCAUUCUCCCGCUUUCCAUCACCCCGCCCCAUUCUCCCGCUUUCCAUCACCCCACCCCAUCCUCCCACCUUCCAUCACCCCGCCCCAUUCUCCCUCCUUCCAUCACCCCAAACCAUUCUCCCGCUUUCCAUCACCCCACCCCAUUCUCCCGCUUUCCAUCACCCCGCCCCAUUCUCUUCCUUUCCAUCACCCCGCCCCAUUCUCCCGCUUUCCAUCACCCUGCCCCAUACUCCCGCUUUCCAUCACCCCGCCCCGUUCUCCUGCUUUCCAUCACCCCGCCCCAUUCUCCCGCUUUCCAUCACCCCGCCCCAUUCUCCCUCCAUCCAUCACCCCGCCCCAUUCUCCCUCCUUCCAUCACCCCGCCCCAUUCUCCCUCCUUACAUCACCCCUUCCCAUUCUCCUGCUUUCCAUCACCCCGCCCCAUUCUCCCGCUUUCCACCUACUCGCCCCAUUCUCCCGCCUUCCAUCACCCCGCCCCAUUAUCCCUCCUUCCAUCACCCCGCUCCAUUCUCCCGCUUUCCAUCACUCCGCCCCAUUCUCCCGCUUUCCAUCACCCCACCCCAUUCUCCGGCUUUCCAUCACCCCGCCCCAUUCUCCCGCUUUCCAUCACCCCGCCCCAUUCUCCCGCUUUCCAUCACCCCGCCCCAUUCUCCUGCUUUCCAUCACCCCGCCCCAAUCUCCCUCUUUCCAACACCCCACCCCAUUCUCCCUCCUUCCAUCACCCCGCCCCAUUCUCCUGCCUUCCAUCACCCCGCCCCAUUCUCCCGCUUUCCAUCACCCCGCCCCAUUUUCCCGUUUUCCAUCACCCCGCCACAUUCUCCUGCUUUCCAUCACCCCGCCCCAUUCUCCCACUUUCCACCUCCCCGCCCCAUUCUCCCGCUUUCCAUCACCCCGCCCCAUUCUCCCGCUUUCCAUCACCCCACCCUAUCCUCCCACCUUCCAUCACCCCGCCCCAUUCUCCCUCCUUCCAUCAUCCCAAACCAUUCUCCCGCUUUCCAUCACCCCACCCCAUUCUCCCGCUUUCCAUCACCCCGCCCCAUUCUCUUCCUUUCCAUCACCCCGCCCCAUUCUCCCGCUUUCCAUCACCCUGCCCCAUACUCCCGCUUUCCAUCACCCCGCCCCGUUCUCCUGCUUUCCAUCACCCCGCCCAAUUCUCCCGAUUUCCAUCACCCCGCCCCAUUCUCCGGCUUUGUAUCACCCCGCCCCAUUCUCCCUCCUUCCCUCACCCCGCCCCAUUCUCCCUCCUUCCAGCACCCCGCCCCAUUCUCCUUCCUUCAAUCGCCCCGCCCCAUUCUCCUGCUUUCCAUCACCCCGCCCCAUUCUCCCUCCUUCCAUCACCCCGCCCCAUUCUCCCGCUUUCCAUCACCACGCCCCAUUCUCCCGCUUUCCAUCACCCCGCCCCGUUCUCCCACUUUGCAUCACACCGCCCCAUUCUCCAGCUUUCCAUCACCCCGCCCCAUUUUCCCGCUUUCCAUCACCCCGCCCUGUUCUUCCACUUUCCAUCACCCCGCCCCAUUCUCCCGCUUUCCAUCACCCCGCCCCAUUCUCCCCCUUUCCAUCACCCCACCCCAUUCUCCCUCCCUCCAUCACACCGCCCCAUUUUCCCUCCUUCCAUCACCCUGCCCUAUUCUCCCGCUUUCCAUCACCUCGCCCCAUUCUCACGCUUUCCAUCACCGCGCCCAAUUCUCCUGCUUUCCAUCACCCCGCCCCAUUCUCCCUCCUUCCAUCACCCCGCCCCAUUCUCCCUCCUUCCAUAACCCCGCCCCAUUCUCCCGCUUUCCAUCACCCUGCCCCAUUCUCCCGCUUUCCAUCACCCCGCCCCAUUCUCCCGCUUUCCCUCACCCCGCACCAUUCUCCCGCACUCCAUAGCCCCGCCCUAUUCUCCCGCUUUCCUUCAGCCCGCCCCAUUCUCCCGCUUUCCAUCAUCCCGCCCCUUUCUCCCGCUUUCCAUCUCCCCGCCCCAUUCUCCUGCUUUCCAUCACCCCGCCCCAUUCUCCCGCUUUCCAUCACCCCGCCCCAUUCUUCCGCUUCCUAUCAUCCCGCCCCAUUCAGCCGCUUUCCAUCACCCCUCCCCAUUCUCCCUCCUUCCAUCACCCCGCCCCAUUCUUCCGCUUUCCAUCACCCGCCCCAUUCUCCCGCUUUCCAUCACCUCGCCCCAUUCUCCCACUUUCCAUCACCCCGCCCCAUUCUUCUUCUUUCCAUCACCCCGCCCCAUUCUCCCGCUUUCCAUCACCCCGCCCCAUUCUCCCUCCUUCCAUCACCCCGCCCCAUUCUCCCUCCUUCCAUCACCCCGCCCCAUUCUCCCGCUUUCCAUCACCCCGCCACAUUCUCCCGCUUUCUAUCACCCCGCCCCAUUCUCCCUCCUUCUAUCACCCCGCCCCAUUCUCCCGCUUUCCACCACCCCGACCCAUUCUCCCGAUUUCCAUCACCCCGCCCCAUUCUCCCGCUUUCCAUCAUCCCGCCCCAUUCUCCCUCCUUCCAUCACCCCGCCCCAUUCUCCCGCUUUCCAUCACUCCGCCCCAUUCUCCCUCCUUCCAUCACCCCGCCCCAUUCUCCCUCCUUCCAUCACCCCGCCCCAUUCUCCCGCUUUCCAUCACCCUGCCCCAAUCUCCUGCUUCCCAUAACCCCACCCCAUUUUCCCGCUUUCCAUCACCCCGCCACAUUCUCCCACUUUCCAUCACCCCGCCCCCUUCUCUCUCCUUCCAUCAACCCGCCCCAUUCUCCCUCCUUCCAUCACCCCGCCCCAUUCUCCCGCUUUCCAUCAGCCCGCCCCAUUCUCCCGCUUUCCAUCACCCCUCCCCUUUCUCCCGCUUUCCAUCUCCCCGCCCCAUUCUCCCGCUUUCCAUCACCCCGCCCCAUUCUCCCGCUUUCCAUCACCCCGCCCCAUUCUUCCGCUUCCCAUCAUCCCGCCCCAUUCCCCCGCUUUCCAUCACCCCUCCCCAUUCUCCCUCCUUCCAUCACCCUGCCCCAUUCUCUUCCCAUAACCCCACCCCAUUCUCCCGCUUUCCAUCACCCCGCCACAUUUUCCCACUUUCCAUCACCCCGCCCCCUUCUCUCUCCUUCCAUCACCCCGCCCCAUUCUCCCUCCUUCCAUCACCCCGCCCCAUUCUCCCGCUUUCCAUCAGCCCGCCCCAUUCUCCCGCUUUCCAUCACGCCGCCCCUUUCUCCCGCUUUCCAUCUCCCCGCCCCAUUCUCUCGCUUUCGAUCACCCCGCCCCAUUCUCCCGCUUUCCCUCACCCCGCACCAUUCUCCCGCACUCCAUAGCCCCGCCCUAUUCUCCCGCUUUCCUUCAGCCCGCCCCAUUCUCCCGCUUUCCAUCAUCCCGCCCCUUUCUCCCGCUUUCCAUCUCCCCGCCCCAUUCUCCUGCUUUCCAUCACCCCGCCCCAUUCUCCCGCUUUCCAUCACCCCGCCCCAUUGUUCCGCUUCCUAUCAUCCCGCCCCAUUCAGCCGCUUUCCAUCACCCCUCCCCAUUCUCCCUCCUUCCAUCACCCCGCCCCAUUCUUCCGCUUUCCAUCACCCGCCCCAUUCUCCCGCUUUCCAUCACCUCGCCCCAUUCUCCCACUUUCCAUCACCCCGCCCCAUUCUUCUUCUUUCCAUCACCCCGCCCCGUUCUCCCGCUUUCCAUCACCCCGCCCCAUUCUCCCUCCUUCCAUCACCCCGCCCCAUUCUCCCUCCUUCCAUCACCCCGCCCCAUUCUCCCGCUUUCCAUCACCCCGCCACAUUCUCCCGCUUUCUAUCACCCCGCCCCAUUCUCCCUCCUUCUAUCAGCCCGCCCCAUUCUCCCGCUUUCCACCACCCCGACCCAUUCUCCCGAUUUCCAUCACCCCGCCCCAUUCUCCCGCUUUCCAUCAUCCCGCCCCAUUCUCCCUCCUUCCAUCACCCCGCCCUAUUCUCCCGCUUUCCAUCACUCCGCCCCAUUCUCCCUCCUUCCAUCACCCCGCCCCAUUCUCCCUCCUUCCAUCACCCCGCCCCAUUCUCCCGCUUUCCAUCACCCUGCCCCAAUCUCCUGCUUCCCAUAACCCCACCCCAUUUUCCCGCUUUCCAUCACCCCGCCACAUUCUCCCACUUUCCAUCACCCCGCCCCCUUCUCUCUCCUUCCAUCACCCCGCCCCAUUCUCCCUCCUUCCAUCACCCCGCCCCAUUCUCCCGCUUUCCAUCAGCCCGCCCCAUUCUCCCGCUUUCCAUCACCCCUCCCCUUUCUCCCGCUUUCCAUCUCCCCGCCCCAUUCUCCCGCUUUCCAUCACCCCGCCCCAUUCUCCCGCUUUCCAUCACCCCGCCCCAUUCUUCCGCUUCCCAUCAUCCCGCCCCAUUCCCCCGCUUUCCAUCACCCCUCCCCAUUCUCCCUCCUUCCAUCACCCUGCCCCAUUCUCUCGCUUUCCAUCACCCCGCCCCAUUCUCCCGCUUUCCAUCACCCCGCCCCUUUCUCCAGCUUUCCAUCUCCCUGCCCCAUUCUCCCACUUUCCAUCACCCCGCCCCAUUUUCCCGCUUUCACUCACCCAGCCCCAUUCUCCCGCUUUCCAUCACCCCGCCCCAUUCUCCCGCUUUCCAUCACCCAGCCCCAUUCUCCCGCUUUCCAUCACCCCGCCCCAUUUUCCCGCUUUCCAUCACCCCGCCCCAUUCUCCCGCUUUCCAUCACCCUGCCCCAAUCUCCCGCUUUCCAUCACCCCACCCCAUUCUCCCUCCUUCCAUCACCCCGCCCCAUUCUCCCGCUUUCCAUCACCCCGCCCCAUUCUCCCGCUUUCCAUCACCCAGCCUCAUUCUCCCGCUUUCCAUCACCCCGCCCCAUUCUCCCGCUUUCCAUCACCCCGCCCCAUUCUCCCGCUUUCCAUCACCCCGCCCCAUUCUCCCUCCCUCCGUCACCCCGCCCCAUUCUCCCGCUUUCCAUCACCCCCCCCGCCCCAUUCUCCCGCUUUCCAUCACCCCGCCCCUUUCUCCCGCUUUCCAUCUCCCCGCCCCAUUCUCCCGCUUUCCAUCACCCCGCCCCAUUCUCCCGCUUUCCAUCACCGCGCCCCAUUCUUCCGCUUCCCAUCAUCCCGCCCCUUUUCCCCGCUUUCCAUCACCCCUCCCCAUUCUCCCUCCUUCCAUCACCCCGCCCCAUUCUCCCGCUUUCCAUCACCCGCCCCAUUCUCCCACUUUCCAUCACCCCGCCUCAAUCUUUUGCUUUCCAUCACCCCGCCCCAAUCUCCCGCUUUCCAUCACCCUGCCCAUUCACCCGCUUUCCAUCACCCGCCCCAUUCUCCCGCUUUCCAUCACCCCGCCCAUUCUCCCGCUUUCCAUCACCCCGCCCCAUUCUCCCGCUUUCCAUCCCCCCGCCCCAUUCUCCCGCUUUCCAUCACCCCGCCCCAUUCUCCCGCUUUCCAUCACUCCGCCCCAUUCUCCCGCUUUCCAUCACCCCGACCCAUUCUCCCACUUUCCAUCACCCCGCCCCCUUCUCCCUCCUUCCAUCACCCCGCCCCAUUCUCCCUCCUUCCAUCACCCCGCCCCAUUCUCCCGCUUUCCAUCACCCCGCCCCAUUCUCCCGCUUUCCAUCACCCCGCCCCAUUCUCCCGCUUUCCAUCACCCCGCCCCAUUCUCCCGCUUUCCAUCACCCCGCCCCAUUCUCCCUCCUUCCAUCACCCCGCCCCAUUCUCCUGCUUUCCAUCACCCGCCCCAUUCUCCCUCCUUCCAUCACCCCGCCCCAUUCUCCCUCCUUCCAUCACCCCGCCCCAUUCUCCCGCUUUCCAUCACCCCGCCCCAUUCUCCCGCUUCCCAUAACCCCACCUCAUUCUCCCGCUUUCCAUCACCCCGCCCCAUUCUCCCGAUUUCCAUCACCCCGCCCCAUUCUCCCGCUUUCCAUCACCCCGCCCCAUUCUCCCGCUUUCCAUCACCCCGCCCCAUUCUCCCGCUUUCCAUCAUCCCGCCCCAUUCUCCCUCCUUCCAUCACCCCGCCCCAUUCCCCCGCUUUUCAUCACUCCGCCCCAUUCUCCCUCCUUCCAUCACCCCGCCCCAUUCUCCCUCCUUCCAUCACCCCGCCCCAUUCUCCCGCUUUCCAUCACCCCGCCCCAUUCUCCCGCUUCCCAUAACCCCACCCCAUUCUACCGCUUUCCAUCACCCCGCCACAUUCUCCCACUUUCCAUCACCCCGCCCCCUUCUCUCUCCUUCCAUCACCCCGCCCCAUUCUCCCUCCUUCCAUCACCCCGCCCCAUUCUCCCGCUUUCCAUCACCCCGCCCCAUUCUCCCGCUUUCCAUCACCCCUCCCCUUUCUCCCGCUUUCCAUCUCCCUGCCCCAUUCUCCCGCUUUCCGUCACCCCGCCCCAUUCUCCCGCUUUCCAUCACCCCGCCCCAUUCUUCCGCUACCCAUCAUCCCGACCCAUUCCCCCGCUUUCCAUCACCCCUCCCCAUUCUCCCUCCUUCCAUCACCCCGCCCCAUUCUCUCGCUUUCCAUCACCCCGCCCCAUUCUCCCGCUUUCCAUCACCCCGCCCCAUUCUCCCGCUUUCCAUCACCCCGCCCCGUUCUCCCUCCUUCCAUCACCCCGCCCCCUUUCCAUCACCCCGCCCUGUUCUCCCGCUUCCCAUAACCCCACCCCCUUCUCCCGCUUUCCAUCACCCCGCCACAUUCUCUCGCUUUCUAUCGCCCCGCCCCAUUCUCCCUCCUUCCAUCACCCCGCCCCAUUCUCCCACUUUCCAUCACCCCGCCCCAUUCUCCCGAUUUCCAUCACCCCGCCCCAUUCUCCCGCUUUCCAUCACCCCGCCCCAUUCUCCCGCUUUCCAUCACCCCGCCCCAUUCUCCCGCUUUCCAUCAUCCCGCCCCAUUCUCCCUCCUUCCAUCACCCCGCCCCAUUCUCCCGCUUUCCAUCACUCUGCCCCAUUCUCCCUCCUUCCAUCACCCCGCCCCAUUCUCCCUCCUUCCAUCACCCCCCCCAUUCUCCCGCUUUCCAUCACCCCGCCCCAUUCUCCCACUUCCCAUAACCCCACCCCAUUCUUCCGCUUUCCAUCACCCCGCCACAUUCUCCCACUUUCCAUCACCCCGCCCCCUUCUCUCUCCUUCCAUCACCCCGCCCCAUUCUCCCGCUUUCCAUCACUUAGCCCCAUUCUCCCGCUUUCCAUCACCCCGCCCCAUUUUUCCGCUUUUCAUCACCCCGCCCCAUUCUCCCGCUUUCCAUCACCCCGCCCUGUUCUCCCGCUUCCCAUAACCCCACCCCCUUCUCCCGCUUUCCAUCACCCCGCCACAUUCUCUCGCUUUCUAUCGCCCCGCCCCAUUCUCCCUCCUUCCAUCACCCCGCCCCAUUCUCCCACUUUCCAUCACCCCGCCCCAUUCUCCCGAUUUCCAUCACCCCGCCCCAUUCUCCCGCUUUCCAUCACCCCACCCCAUUCUCCCGCUUUCCAUCACCCCGCCCCAUUCUCCCGCUUUCCAUCAUCCCGCCCCAUUCUCCCUCCUUCCAUCACCCCGCCCCAUUCUCCCGCUUUCCAUCACUCCGCCCCAUUCUCCCUCCUUCCAUCACCCCGCCCCAUUCUCCCUCCUUCCAUCACCCCCCCCAUUCUCCCGCUUUCCAUCACCCCGCCCCAUUCUCCCGCUUCCCAUAACCCCACCCCAUUCUCCCGCUUUCCAUCACCCCGCCACAUUCUCCCACUUUCCAUCACCCCGCCCCCUUCUCUCUCCUUCCAUCACCCCGCCCCAUUCUCCCGCUUUCCAUCACCCCGCCCCAUUUUUCCGCUUUUCAUCACCCCGCCCCAUUCUCCCGCUUUCCAUCACCCUGCCUCAAUCUCCCGCUUUCCAUCACCCCGCCCCAUUCUCCCUCCUUCCAUCACCCCGCCCCAUUCUCCCGCUUUCCAUCACCCCGCCCCAUUCUCCCACUUUCCAUCACCCAGCCCCAUUCUCCCGCUUUCCAUCACCCCGCCCCAUUCUCCCGCUUUCCAUCACCCCGCCCCAUUCUCCCGCUUUCCAUCACCUCGCCCCAUUCUCCCUCCUUCCAUCACCCCGCCCCAUUCUCCCGCUUUCCAUCACCCCGCCCCAUUCUCCCUCCUUCCAUCACCCUGCCCCAUUCUCCCUCCUUCCAUCACCCCGCCCCCCCCAUUCUCCCGCUUUCCAUCACUCCACCCCAUUCUCCCGCUUUCCAUCACCCCACCCCAUUCUCCCUCCGUCCAUCACCCCGCCCCAUUCUCCCUCCUUCCAUCACCCCGCCCCAUUCUCCCGCUUUCCAUCACCCCGCCCCAUUCUCCCUCCUUCCAUCACCCUGCCCCAUUCUCCCUCCUUCCAUCACCCCGCCCCAUUCUCCCGCUUUCCAUCACCCCGCCCCAUUCUCCCGCUUCCCAUAACCCCACCCCAUUCUUCCGCUUUCCAUCACCCCGCCCCAUUCUCCCGCUUUCCAUCACCCCGCCCCAUUCUCCCGAUUUCCAUCAUCCCGCCCAAUUCUCCCGCUUUCCAUCACCCCGCCCCAUUCUCCCGCUUUCCAUCAUCCCGCCCCAUUCUCCCUCCUUCCAUCACCCCGCCCCAUUCUUCCGCUUCCCAUCAUCCCGCCCCAUUCCCCCGCUUUCCAUCACCCCUCCCCAUUCUCCCUCCUUCCAUCACCCCGCCCCAUUCUCUCGCUUUCCAUCACCCCGCCCCAUUCUCCCGCUUUCCAUCACCCCGCCCCAUUCUCCCGCUUUCCAUCACUCCGCCCCAUUAUACCUCCUUCCAUCACCCCGCCCCAUUCUCCCUCCUUCCAUCACCCCGCCCCAUUCUCCCGCUUUCCAUCACCCCGCUCCAUUCUCCCGCUUUCCAUCAACCCGCCCAAUUCUCCCUCUUUCCAUCACCCCUCAACAUUCUCCCUCUUUCCAUCACCACGCCCCCUUCUCCCGCUUUCUAUCACCCCGCCCCAUUCUCCCUCUUUCCAUCACCGCGCCCUGUUCUCCGGCUUUCAAUCACCCCGCCCCAUUCUCCCGCUUUCCAUCACCCCGCCCCAUUCUCCAUCCUUCCAUCACCCCGCCCCAUUCUCCCUCUUUCCAUCACCCCGCCCCAUUCUCCCGCCUUCCAUCACCCAGCCUCACUCUCCCUCUUUACAUCACCCCGCCCCAUUCUCCCGCUUUCACCCCGCCCCAUUCUCCCUCUUUCCAUCACCCCGCCCCAUUCUCCCUCUUUCCAUCACCCCGCUCCGUUCUCCCGCUUUCCAUCACCCCGCCCCAUUUUCCCUCUUUCCAUCACCCCGCCCCAUUCUCCCGCUUUCCAUCACCCCGCCCCAUUCUCCCGCUUUCCAUCACCCCGCUCCAUUCUUCCGCUUUCCAUCACCCCUCAACAUUCUCCCUCUUUCCAUCACCCCGCCCCAUUCUCCCGCUUUCCAUCACCCGCCCCAUUCUCCCUCUUUCCAUCACCCCGACCCAUUCUACUGCUUUCCAUCACCCCGUCCCAUUCUCCCGCUUUCCAUCACCCCGCCCAAUUUUCCCUCUUUCCAUCACCCCACCCCAUUCUCCCUCUUUCCAUCACCCCGCCCCAUUCUCCCCCAAUCCAUCACCCCGCCCCAUUUUCACUCUUUCCAUCACCCCGUCCCAUUCUCCCGCUUUCCAUCACCCCGCCCCAUUCUCCCGCUUUCCAUCACCCCGCUCCAUUCUCCCACUUUCCAACACCCCGCCCAAUUCUCCCUCUUUCCAUCACCCCUCCCCAUUCUCCCUCUUUCCAUCAUCCAGCCCCAUUCUCACGCUUUCCAUCACCCCGCCCCAUUCUUCCUCUUUCCAUCUCCCUGCCCCAUUCUCCCUCUUUCCAUCACCCCGCCCCAUUCUCCCUCUUUCCAUCACCCCGACACAUUCUCCCGCUUUCCAUCACCCCGCCCCAUUCUCCCGCUUUCCAUCACCCCGCCCCAUUCUUCCUCUUUCCAUCUCCCUGCCCCAUUCUCCCUCUUUCCAUCACCCCGCCCCAUUCUCCCUCUUUCCGUCACCCCGCCCCAUUCUCCCUCUUUCCAUCACCCCGCCCCAUUCUCCCGAUUUCCGUCACCCCGCCCCAUUCUCCCUCUUUCCAUCACCCCGCCCCAUUCUCCCUCUUUCCAUCACCCCGACCCAUUCUCCCGCUUUCCAUCACCCCUCCCCAUUCUCCCUCUUUCCAUCACCCCGCCCCAUUCUCCCACCUUCCAUCACCCCGCCCCAAGCGGGAGAAUUGGGCGGGGUGAUAGAUAGAGGGAGAAUGGGGCGGGGUGAUGGAAAGCGGGAUAAUGGGGCGGGGUGA